CUCCCGCCGUGCCUUGCGGCGAGGCGGAAGCGGCGCGAUGGCGGCAGGUCGGUAGCCGCGUGCCGCCGCCAUGGCGCUGAUCGAGGGCGUCGGCGAUGAGGUGACUGUGCUCUUCGCGUUGCUGCUGGUCGCCCUGGUGCUGGGGUUGGCCUGGGCCUCCACCCGCGCCCCCGAGCCCGCCGCGCCGCCCCGCGCCGCCGAGCCGCUGCCCGAGGAGGGGCCGAGCGCUGCCCCGAACCCCGUCGAGCACAAGGCCCCGGCGGCGGCAGCGGCGGCGGCCGGAGCGGUCCCCGAUGGGGCGGGAGGGCUGGCGGCGGGCCUGCGGCCCCGGGCCGCCCCCACAGCCGCUCAGGGUCCCCUCGGUGAGGGGGACGGCGGCCCCGCCGAGCCCACCAUGGUGCUGCGGUUGAAGUUCCUCAACGACACGGAGCGCCUGGCCCGGGUGCGCCCCGGCGACACCGUCGGGGCCCUGAAGAGGGCCUAUUUCCCCGGGCAGGAGCAGCAAGUGCGGCUGAUCUACCAGGGCCAGCUGCUGCGCGAUGACGCCCAGAGCCUGGCCGCCCUGCACCUCGCCCACAACAGCGUCCUGCACUGCCACAUCUCCCAGCACAGCCCGGCCCCCGCACCCACCGGCCCCCACGCCUCCGCCGACCCCGUGCACGCCGCCCUCAACGUGGGCAGCCUCAUGCUGCCGCUCUUCGUCCUGAUGCUGGCCGUGCUCUGGUACUUCCAGCUGCAGUACCGCCACGUCUUCACCGCCACCGCCACCACCUUCCUAGCCGGCCUCACCCUCCUCUUCAGCUUCAUGGCCUUCACCAUGUACCGCAGAUAGCACGGCCCCGCGCCCUGAGAGGAGCCGCUGCACCCGGAACACGCGAGGUCCCGGGUGGAGACCGCCUGCUGCCGCUGGACCUGGGGGGGGGGGGCUGAGCUGUGGACUGUGUCCCCCGGGGGCUGCAGGACCUGCCGGUGGCCGGGCAGGUGGCCCGCACGCUGAGUGCCUGGGGCCAGCCGGCACCGCAACCGGAGCCGGAGCCGGGCUCACUGCAGGAGGGAGUGCUGUGCUACCUCUGGGGGGGAAAGGGGUGUCCCAGUGCCACCCCCAGGCCCUGCACGGAGCGUCCUCCUGGCCCCCCCUCCGGCCCGCCAGCCGCCUCUGCCCGGGCCGUGGAUGGGGUCCGCUGCCCCGGGGAGGGGGCUGCCUCCCCACGGGAGGACGGGUCCGGCCGCCCGGCCCCUCCCUGGGGGUGCUGGUGCCGGCGGGGGAGAGGCGGUCCCCGCCGCUCUGUUACAAUUAAAGAGGAAGGACUGUGAA